AAUGUUUCUAUGGUAACGGGAGUCAACGAAAUAAAUUCAUAUUUCUAACACAUAUAUUUACAUCUCGAUAUAUAUUUUUCAUGACAAAAUAAAUUAUUAUUCUGAUGUUUCUUUCUUUUUUAAAACUUUCAGUAAUACGCGCUCUACCGGUUGCAAAACUAGAAUGACCCGGAAGUAGAGGACACGUUUCAAACGUAUUAACUAGCUAGCUAGUACGACAAACAUGUCGUUAAAACGAGAAAAAACGUGAGCUAACUAGAAAAUGUGUACAGGUUAAUAUAAACACUACAUAGCUAGCUAGCGCCAUUAUUCUCCGGGAUCAAUGACACUAGAUAACUAGCUAACCUAGAUAGGUAAUCCCAGCUAGCUUUAAGAUACAAAACCAGUCCGCUCCACUGGUUAUAGGGUGUAAUGUCUGUCUCUGACUACUAGCCUAAAGUUCUGUACAGUGUCCCAUUUGCGUUGCCCGAGAUGGAGACUCACGGUAUUGUGAAAGCCUUCCCAAAAGUGAAGAGACACCGACCACAUGAAGCUGACCCUCCGCUCAAGAAGAUGUCGGUUGAAACAGCGACUGGGAGUCUGUUUCAGGAUCUCGUCAUACACAUUGUCCCUGCUGGCAUAGGAAAAGCCCGUUCAGAUAUAUUCCGCCAACAGCUUGUCCAGAAGGGGGGUCAGGUGGAAGCUGCUUUCAGUCCUAGUUGCACUCAUGUGGUUGUGGACGAGUCCGUGGCUGGGGAGAGGGCCUUGAGGCUCCUGGGAAUGAAAACACUACCCCCUGCUGUGCAGCUGGUGAAGUCUGCUUGGCUCAGUGCUUGCAUUUCGGAGAAAAAGCUUCUGUGCACCAAAGACUACAGGCUUCUUCUACCUGACAGUGUGCAUGUUGAACAGUCCCAGGAAAGUGUGCUGGGCACCAUCACUUAUUCUGAGGAAACGGCCCUGCCAGCCAGAGUAGUCCCAGCUGACCCUGGAGUGAUGGCAAACACUCCAGAGACCCAAGCUGAGCAUCUCGAGGAAGACGGCGUGUCACAGAAUGACUUGGAGGCUUUAAUCAGUGGGGUCAACCAAGCAGCAGGAGUGCCAGAUGCUGCAUCAGGGGAGGCCCUGAAAAAAACAGAAAAGACUGCCUUGCCAGGAAACUGGGUUUGCGCCCAGUCAUCAGAAGCCAAGGCCAAAAACCACAACAAGUGCAUUACAGACAAGCUGGAGCAGCUUGCCAAGGCUUACACCAGCACAGGAGAUAAGUGGAGAGCCCUGAGUUACACUAAAGCCAUCAAUGCACUCAAGCGCCACCCCAGUCCUGUCACUACAUACGAGGAAGCAUAUAGCAUCCCUGGCAUUGGCAAAGCUAUGGCAUGUAAGGUAGUGGAGAUCAUGGAGAGUGGCACCCUGAGGAAGCUGGACAACUUUGGGGAGGCCGUGACCAUCCUGGAGCGCUUUACCAACGUCUGGGGUGCAGGUGCCAAGACGGCCCAGCUUUGGUAUCACCAGGGCUACCGUACGUUGGAGGACAUUCGCACCAAAGCCACCUUGAAUCAUAUACAGCGAAUCGGCCUGAAGCACUACGACGACUUUCUUGAUCGGAUGCCGCGAAGCGAAGCAGCUGCCAUUGAGGAAACGGUGAGGAAGGCAGCCCUCAGCGUGAAUCCGGAUCUGCUGGUGGUGGCAUGUGGCUCGUACCGCCGUGGGAAGCCUACUUGCGGGGACGUGGAUGUCCUCAUCACUCAUCCAGAUGGCAGGUCGCACGAGGGUGUCUUCAGUAGAGUCCUCCGCAUUCUCCACAAGAGCGGCUUCCUGACCGAUGACCUAGUGAGCCACGAGGAGAACGGCGAUCAGAAGAAAUACUUGGGCGUGUGCCUUCUCCAGGGAAACGGCUGGCGCCACCGCAGACUGGACAUCCUCACGGUGCCACACCAAGAGUUCGCCUGCGCUUUGCUUUACUUCACUGGCUCUGCCCACUUCAACCGCUCAAUGCGCGCGCUAGCCAAGACCAAGGGUAUGAGCCUGUCUGAGCACUCGCUCAGCUGCAACGUGGUACGGCAGCGUGGCGUGAAGGUGGCACCAGGCAAGCCACUGCACACGCCUGCAGAGCGCGACGUAUUCCAGCACCUGGGCAUACCCUACAGGGAGCCUCAAGAGAGAGACUGGUAGCAGGGCACCCCCCCCACCCCCAAGAACUGCUCCCACCCACUUCUUGAUGUCGGCACUGAGAAACUGAAACCAAUCUCAGAAUGGCAUGGAAGGGUUGCAUAUACAAGAUGCUGACAAUUUUAGUUUUUAAUCAUGAUUAGAUUUUUUGAACGCAAUGUUUUAGUUAAUGCAGAGUCUUAGGAACCACAUGCUCGGUCUGUCUGUCGGUCGGUCUGUCUAAUAUAAUAUAAUAUUUAUAAUAUAUCUAUCUCCGAGCAUAAAUGCAUGCAUAGAUUAAAGUGAACUACAAAGGUAUUUCCUACAGCUGGACCUGAGACUUGUUGCUAUAAUAACUGUUUGUUUUUAUGACUACAUUAUGAAUUGGAAUGUAUUUUGGUAUUUUGUAUCUUUUAUUAAAAAUAAGGAUUGUAGGGGCCAUAAAGAUUACUAAAAUCAUGUGAAUAAAAAAGAAUGGCUAGUUAAUAAAUUAUUAAAUAAACUAAAAUAAGCGCGGGUCAGUGUGUCAUAGUAUUACAAAAUAUCAUUAUCCUCGUACCAUUUCUUUCCCAGGAUUUUUUUCACACUAAUAUAAUUUAAAUGCUGUGAAUAAAUGUCAAAUCAUUUGCAAUAUACAUCAAUCAUGUUAAUCCUUCAACAAAAUUAAAGGGAUCUUUUAUCUAC